CAGUGGAGACACGGUCGGCUCAAUAAGAAAUGCAUUCCCUUUAAGGACUCCAAGCGCCUCCCCUUUAUGUUAUCAUCGACCCUGUCUCUUGGUGUCUCCAAACUUUGUUGCCAGCACAGUAAACGUACGCUUUCCAAGUCAACACAUGAUAUACUAAAUGGCCAACACCCCACUCCCAUCAGGCCCCUGACGCUGUGCAUGGAGACCAUGCGGGGCGAUCGGUAGCAGGCUAGCAUGCAAUACGGUGUCUCCUCCAGAAGGCGGCGCUGCUGAGCGUGUGUGCGCACACUAUGGAUGAGUUCAGUAGCAGAACGUACGGCACCAGCGGCCUGGACAACAGACCUCUGUUUGGGGAGACGUCGGCACGUGAUCGCAUCAUCAACCUAGCAGUGGGAGGAUUUACCUCACUCAUUGUGUUGGUGACGGUGAUCAGCUCAUUUGUUUUCCCAUCAUUGCCUCCACGACCACUAAACAUCUUUUUUGCUGUUUGCAUCCUGCUCGCCUGCGGCUCCACCAUAGUGCUGAUCUUCUGGUAUCGCCAAGGCGACCUGGAGCCCAAAUUCCGCAAUCUGAUCUACUACAAGCUGGCAUCCAUCAUGUUGCUGUGUCUGUGUGCCAACCUCUACUUCCAUGACGUCAGGUGAGGACCAGCGAUGCCGUCGCCAACACCUCCUGGCCACGGGCACGCUCACGCGGACGGAUUGUGAUGAAUCCUCCCCACGAACUGAAAAGGACGUGCAUGUGUUUACACACCACCACUGAUGGACCAUGACGAGCCUGUCACACAACAGUCAUUCAUGAGAGAAUAUCGUUUUCCACAGCAACUUGUAUACUUGCACCUUGCUGCAUCACACCCCCCAAUGGAACAAAGCACUUCUCCAAGGAAACCAUGAACAUGAUGCAGGAAGUGGAUUCGUCUAGCUGUACAUUUAAGUUUACAUUCACGUGGAAAAACAUUCCCCCCACACACCACCACGCUCACUACGACGUUAGGAUUGUCAAAGCCAUUUUUUUCUUUUUUAUUUAAUAUUUUACAGAAUAAAUACAUGGAACUGA